CUCAGUUAGAAUUACUUGAAUUAUUUCUAUUUGUUAAAUGCCAAAAACCUUGGCAAGAAAAGUUUCUAGGUAUUUAUUUUUAACUUUCCUCAAAUUCAAAAGUUUACAUUCAUUUGGUCAGUAACAGGGAUAUCCCAAACUGGAUGACUUGGGUCUAAAUGUUUGGGGAUUUUAUUCAGUGUAUGAAUAAUUUGGUGUUAUCAAAAAUAAAUCUAAUCUUAAUCUGAAUUAUGCUUUUUAGACAUCUACCACCACAGAAACUCCCACUGAAUAAUUAAGAAUGUUGUGAGAGUCAAACAGAUGAUAAAAAGCUGUGACGUAAUCAAAUCACCUAAACAAUGUGGUUUUCCUUUGAUAAGAGAAAUGCUUCAAAUCUCAGCAGGUGUGAUUGCCUCUGGCUGCAGGUUCUCAGGUAAUAAAGCCGAGGCCGUAAAUUAUGACGACUUAUCAGAGAGCUUUAAAUUCAGAUUCAGAGGAAGAAAAGAGUCUUUCUUCAGGGCGGGGUGCAGAUCCAACACCCUACCAACACUCUCAGCCUGAAUAUGACUGUUUCGUACUCGCUAGAAGUAGCCAACGCCAGGUUUCAUGGCUUCUCCAGGCUGCUGUUCAGGUGGAAGGGAAGCAUCUACAAGCUGAUGUAUAAGGAGUUCCUGGUUUUCUGUGCUGUCUAUCUGUUUUUCAGUGUGUUUUACAGGUUCCUCCUCACGCCGAGGCAGCAGGAUCUGUUUGAGCGCGUCGCCCUUUACUGCGAUCAGUUCACCAACACCAGCUUCAUCCCCGUCCUGUUUGUCCUGGGUUUCUACGUGAACCAGGCCUUCACCCGUUGGUGGGGUCAGUACACCAGCUUCCCGCUGCCGGACAACCUGAUGAUGGUCGUGUCGGGAAACGUGCACGGCGUCGACGACCGCGGUCGCCUGCUGCGCCGGACCCUGAUGAGGUACGCCAACCUGUCGUCGGUCCUGAUCCUCCGCUCCAUCAGCACCAGAGUCCGCAAACGCUUCCCAACGUUGGAGCACAUCGUGGAGGCAGGAUUCAUGACGACACACGAGCUGAAGAAUUUCGAGUCUCUUCACUCUGAUUUCAACAAGUACUGGAUGCCUCUGACCUGGUUCUCCAACCUGGCGGCCCAGGCCCGGCAGGAGGGCCGGGUCAGGGACGACAUCGCGCUCAGGCUGCUGAUGGACGAGCUGAAUAAUUACCGAGCCAAAUGCAGUUUGCUGUUCCACUACGACUGGAUCAGCCUCCCUCUGGUCUACACUCAGGUGGUAACCAUUGCAGUUUACUCCUUUUUCGCCUUCUGCGUCAUCGGCCGACAGUUCCUGAACCCUGAGAAGGGAUACAGCGGUCACAGAUUCGACAUGUACGUCCCGGUUUUCACCCUGCUGCAGUUCUUCUUCUACACCGGCUGGCUAAAGGUAGGAGAGCUCAUCAUCAACCCUUUUGGUGAAGACGACGAUGACUUUGAAACCAACCAGCUGAUCGACCGAAACAUUCAGGUUUCAAUGCUGGCUGUGGACGACAUGUACCAGAACUUGGCUCCGGUGGUGAAGGACAAGCACUGGAAGAACGGCCUCUUCUCCGUCCCUUACACCCAGUCGACGGCAGCGGAGACAUUGAGACCAGCGUUCAAAGGCUCCACUUUCGACAUGAGGAUGAGCGCUGAAGAUCUUGAGAUCCAUCAGCCGACCGAUGUGCCGGUGAACAAGCAGUAUUUACUUCCACGCUGCUCUCUGGGGGAUGGACUGGACGGUCUCCAGCAGAAAACCAAAGGCAUCCUGCGCAGCGGGAGCCUCCCGUACCUGAUGGACGUUUUGACUCAUCACAACGAGGAAAACGAGGCUGUGGAAACCAAAACAGAUGCAUCCAAUAACCAGGAGCACGAGAAGGCAGUGGUUUAAUCUGUGAUGAAAAUUAAUGAAGUGAAAUACUGAUAACUAUUCAUGUAAGACUAAAGAAAUCUGUCAAAACUUAAAACACAUAAAUGCUAAGAAAUAGAAAUGAAAGGUUUGAUCAGGUAUUGUGUUGAUUUGUGGGGUCUUUAUAUGAUCUGUUUUAUGUUAAGCACAUAAACGCCCAGUCAGCUUAGUUAAAUACUUUAUUACACUGGAACAUCAGACAUUGACAGGUUUAUUAUGUGUAAAUAACAAAUGCCUUGUUCUAGCUUGCUCAUAUUUACACUCCAUCCUAGACUAGAGCCUGUUCAGUGUACAUGCGUUAUGUACACUGAACAUUCUGUGAGUAUUAUUAUAUUACGUAAGUUAACAAUUCACCGAGUCAUUCCUGGUGUGAGUGGAUGCAUGUGUUUGGGCAUAAAAUGACAUAAACAAUAUAUCAGUAAUGUCCUGGUGCUUAUCAUGCCACCAUUUUAAGAAAAAGCGGAACAUUUUAUAGCUCUAAGGUUUUAUCUAGUGUUUUGUAUUUAUUAAAAUAAAUAUUGUAAGUAAGGCUGCCUUUCAGCACUUUAAUCAGUUGGAUGUAAUCAGAUGAGUUUUCUUAGAUGGAAAACUUUAAACUUAUUUGAAUAAUGAAACGAAUUUAAUGCAUUGUUUGAUAAUUGGCGUCAAUUGGAAUUAAACUGAAAUGUUUGUAAAAACACUUGUUUUGAAUUGUUGCUGAAUAAACUGAAAUGAAUUAAA